AUGGCUUCCUCUAUUCAAACCGUGCCUGCCCGCCGCGGAGCAGCCACGCUUGUUAAAGCCGGCCGGAAGAUAAAGAUUACAAACACUCAUGGCAACCAAGUCGUCGAUACCUGGGCAAUCGCGCUUCCUUCCUCCGUCCUCACGGCUGCAUCAUCAAAGGUUGAAGCACCCCUCUACCCAAACGCGACUUCCGACUCGCCCUCCAAGUAUUCUACUACUGCCAAUACCGCCGCCAGCGCACCCGAAUACAUGUCCAUGUGCCAUUGCCGGGCAAGUUUACUGAAAGUGACGCCUGCAGUAGGAGAUGUCAUGGUUAGUCAGAAGAGGGCGCCGAUGGUCAAGAUGGUGGAAGAUACAAGUCCCGGCGUGCAUGACACUUUGGUCGCAGCAUGUGAUAGAUGGCGGUACAGUGAACUGGGCGUCAACGGCUACCACGAGUCUUGUACAGACAACUUCUGGGACGCAUUGGAGGAGCUUACUGCAUCACUGUCUCUAUCGACUGAGCAAAAGGAGGCCCUAGAAGGCCUACAAACAAAGAUGGGGUGCAGGGUUCCAGAUCCGUUCAAUCUGUUCAUGAAUAUUCCUGUCACACAGGAAGGAGAGGGUGCGAAGAGAGGCAUCAGUUUCGAAGAACCGAAAACGAGGCCCGGAGACUAUGUAGUCUUGGAAGCGCUCAGAGACGUGGUUGUCGUUAUGAGUGCAUGCCCGCAGGACGUUCUUACGAUCAACGGAAAGAAUCCCGUAGAUGCUCAUUACCAGGUUGUGGACUGA